CCUUCCACAACACGACGGCACAGUUACACAUGGAAACAGCCGGUAGCGAAGGGGGGAAGACAAAGAGAAAGAAAGAAAAAAGGAAAGACAAGCAGACAUAGUUUUACUCUGGCGACAGUUGCCUGCUAAAGACAAAGGCAAAUAAGAGCUGGCAAUGAAGGCGAAGGACAGAGCAGAGUGUUGACUGAAGGAGUGAAGAGAUUAAUAAGAGACACCAGAGAAAAGAGUCAGGGAGAACAUAAAAAUAGUUCUGUGGAUACACAUUGACUGAGAGAGCAGUACAAGACCCAAAGGGCAACUGACAUCAGCAGAAAAAGAGAGAGCGCAAGAGAGAGAGAGAAAGAACGUGACAGAGCGUGAGAGUGAAAGAAAAAGAGAAGAGAAGUGGAAGUCAGUGCAAUCCUUUUGAGAUUGUAUUAAAACAUGUUUCAGUUCACCAUACAGACAGCAUAGGAUAUACUGACAGAAAGAGAGAUAGGAGGCUUAGCAGGAAGACAGUCAAUCCAACAGAUAGCCAUCAAGCACUUCAUUCACAAUGCUGACGAAGGAGUACAGAAUAUGUAUGCCUCUGACAGUAGACGAGUAUAAGAUUGGUCAGCUUUAUAUGAUCAGCAAACACAGCAGUGAGCAGAGUGGGGGCGGGGAGGGGGUGGAGGUGCUCCGCAACGAGCCCGACACGCACCCCGAGCACGGCGCGGGCCAGGUGACCGAGAAGCGCAUCUACCUCACCAGUAAGCUGCCAGACUGGAUGAGGAGGUUCAUCCCACGGCUGUUCUACGUGACCGAGACGGCCUGGAACUUCUACCCGUACACCAUCACCGAGUACUCAUGCUCCUUCCUACCGAAGUUCCACAUAAGGAUUGAGACCAAGUUCCAGAAUGACAACGGGGAGAGUGAUAAUGUGUUUGGAGACAACCCCACCCCAAAAGACAAUGUGUGCUUUCUGGACAUUUUGACGGAUCCAAUACCUGAGAAGCAUUACAAGAAGUCAGAGGACCUGAGCUGCUGGGAGUCGGCGAAUACGGGGCGCGGCCCCCUGGUGGCCGGCUGGCGGAACAGCAGCCAGCCCAUCAUGUGCUCCUACAAGAGGGUGCACUGCAGCUUUGAGGUCUACGGCUUUCAGACGCGCACCGAGGAAUUCAUCCACAAGACCAUCCGGGACAUCCUGCUAGUGGGACACAGACAGGCGGUAGCCUGGCUGGAUGAGUGGCAUGGGAUGAGUCUGGAGAGCGUGCGCCAGUACGAGAAAGACCUUCAGGAGGAGACCAACAACAAACUCAAAAGCACAGACAACAACCAUAAAGAUGCUGGCCCUCGUCCCUCCUUCUCUCGCUCCAUCUCGGUCACAGACGAGUGCUCUUUGAAGAAGAUGGGGGUGAGGCCUGCAGUCAUCCCCAACCCUGCCACCUCCUCCUCCUCCUCCUCCUCCUCCUCCUUCCGCCAGCGCCUCCACCAAGUCCUCCUCCUGCUCAUCGAUGGGGGUGUUGAGCAAAGUGAGGCUGCAUUCCACGCCAGAGUAACCGCACACUCCCCCACACCCCACCCCUUCCCACCAGGGUACUUUGGACUCAUGUUCCGUAGACUGGCUGCACCCACAGCCCUACCUCCACCCCCACCUCAAACAAGCCAUUAUAAUUUGCCUUCCAUCCCCAACCCCAACCAUGUCUACCACACAUGAUUAUGUACACACCUGUGUGCCUUCCGGAGCUAAUCCACUCUCUAGUCUCUCAUCCAGAUGGUGGCCAUUCAGAGGAGUCGUGUGGUUGACAUUUUUUAUACUAGUUAUUAUUUUUACUCUACUUAUUUAACCCAAUUGUGUGCAAUCAAGUGUAAGCAAUAAUCUCUAUAGAUCAAGCUGUCUUUCAAAUGACAUACAUUCCGUGUAGCUAUUGAGUGAGACUGUAGCAUUGUAUUGGCUUCACAAUCUUCACAAGCUAAAGGGGGCAAUGGGUUAAGUGUGGUUCACCUUUAACCAUGUCAACAUUUUGACACUGCUUGUUUAAUCACGUGUCACCUUGGCCCAGUGAACCAAUUGUAAUCGAAGUGCAAAUAGCAGUGAUGGAAUAGUGUGAUGAGGAGAGUGAACGUUACAGUGAAAACAAGUGUAUGUAUAUAUUUUGUCAAAGUCAGAUUUGCAGCUGCACAAUAAACCCCCCUCAGGCUGGAGAAAUGUCUUUGGCGGAGGUUUUUUUCUCUCCCAA